AACAGAGCAACCAAUGUUUCAUAUUACACUUGGCUGGGGGAAAAAAAGAGAAGAAGAAGAAGAAGAAGUAGAAGAAGAGUGGGAGGGGAACCUGGGGUUUCUUUCCUUCAGCAGCAUUUAACUGGGAGUUUAUGGAGGCUGCAGCCGUGGAAAAUGAAGAUCUCCUCUGUGGUCUUCGCUCUCCUGACUCGAGCACUGCUUGGAGAUUUGUGUUUGGCCAUUAACGUCACCAUCACCCCCUCUCCCUUCACGGUAGCCCAGGAGGGUGAAAAUAUCACGCUGUCCUGUGUCGUGUCCCAGCGGCGCCGAAAUGCUGCUCUUCCUGUGGUUAAAUGGACCUUCCUGCCCGCCGGCACAGACCGGCCUGAGGACGAACUUCUCAUUGCCCGGGUCAACAUGAGGAAGGCCCGUUUCUAUGGCAACUACACUAAGAGCUUCCCGUGGCCCAAACUUAAACUGACAGUGGUGAAGCAGGGGAAGAUCUUUGACCUUGUUAUCUUAAAUGUGUCUGAGGGGGACCGGGGGCUCUACAUUUGCCGGGUGCAGGAGUUUAAAAAGCACCAGGACCGCUGGAAGGCCUCUUCAAACUGCACCGCCGCCACUGAGCUCAGAGUGCACGUCCUACCAUCCACCAAGGCCAAAGAAAGCCUGUGGAGCUUGUUUGAAGAUGUGUACCUGUGUGCAGUGCUGAUCUGUUCAGUGGGUCUGCUGUGUAUGUGCAUGUUUACGGUGACAGUAACCUGCCAGUACAUACAGAGGAAGCAGAGGUUAAAAGACAAUUAUCACUUGGUCAAAAGCCCCCAGAACAGCUCAGGGGAGACUGUCACAAGCUUAGUCAAUAUGUCUCCUGCCCUGCCUAAGAAAGAAAGGAGGUACAGGAAGAAACGGAGCAGAGACUACCAAGAGGAGAUACCACCAGAGAUACCAGCAAAAGCUCCGAUUGGAGAGAAAACACGGAAACCCAAACUUUUAAAACCACAACCGAGGAAAGUUGUGUUGCCGAAGAUUGUGGAGGAGAAUCUGACCUACGCCGAGCUGGAUCUGGUGAGGCCAAUUCCAGAAACCAAGGCAUCAUGUAGCGGCACUGUGUAUGCUCAGAUACUGUUCGAGGAGCAGCCGCUAUGAAAGGAACAAACACACCACUAGAAACUGUGCCUUGUGUAAAACAGUACUGUCUAUUUAUAGUCUGUGUCAUUUUGUAUUCAAAUAGUUUGUGAAUAGCAAAAUAUGUAUUGUCUUACAGUUAUGAAAGCAUAUGAUUUGAUGUUUUUUAUACCUACCUUCAAUAUGACCAAGGUGCAAAAGGAGAUAUUUUGUAUACUAGAGUAUUUCUCUUUUUUAACCAUGUUGAAAUCCUGUGUAGCUUCAACUUGGAAUGAAAUAGGAGUCAACAGAGCUGAUCUAAACUAUGUUAGUCCGUCAUAGUAGGAGGGGAGAUGUGAGAUUUGAUUAUUCAAUUAAUCUGAGCCUUCUCCUCUGAUCCAGUGAACAGUUUUCAUCCAAUAUUUGCAACUCCAUUCCAGCAGACUCAAUCUCUGUGGUUCAUGUUCAUAUCACCUAUUUAGAGUCAAGUGUACCCAUAUCUAAGGUGAGGUCAGAUUUGCUACCAUCUUAAGAGAAAAAUACUGCUUUGAGUUCCGGGUUUAUUCAAAAGCACAAGUUACCAAUUUUUCAUGGAUGCGUAUUUUCAUUCCUGACUUAAAGAAACUGUUCCUUGUCUUCCCUCUCGUUUGUGCGUUAGGUAUGGAGCUUUAAGACGGAGCGGAUUAGCCAAUUUAUCAGAAACAAUGGAAGAACAAGAUAGCAUGGUUCUAGCUAGCUAGCUUGUUUGCAAACCAGCGAGGGGAAGGUAUUUUGGUAGAAUGACAAAUGGCAAUUUUUUAGCCAUAAAAUAAAACAUCACAUUCAGUGGCGGUUCUAGACCACUUUUACUGAGGGGGCCAGGCUGGGGCCAGUUGUUUUGUCAGAGGGGAACAUUAAACCACCAUUAAACCACCAAUGAUCACAUUAAAAUGUUGUUUUGUACGUAAUCGUACGUGAAUGAAAAAAACAAAAACAGUUAGAACAUGCAAGUAAGGACGCUUGUGGAUUUAUUUAUUUUUAAUAUUGGAGAAACCAUUCUAGCUAGAAAUUUCUCAGAUUCUUCCAGGAUAAGCUAACAGCCUCUGAGCUUUAGCUUUAAACCUGCUCUAUUUUCAGACAGCAUGUCAUUGGGAAUGGUUUUAAUUUUCUCCAAAUUUAGGGGGAAAAAAAAUUCUGGACUGUGGCAUUUUAGUAAAUUAAAAAAAUCAAAGCCUGUUUGGAUGACGGGGAGGGGGGGGCAGUAAUGUGGGGCAUUCUAUGAGAUCUUUGAAGUUCCUUGAGCGACUAGAAAAACCAUUUUAGAGAAUCAGCUUCAUGAAGGCGAGACAAACUAAAUGAAAGUCUUCCGUUCUAAUGGGUGUAGAUCAUCACAAUUUCAAAGUCAGAUUUACUCCUGGCAUGUUCCCAGCAUUAUCUGCCUGACGACAUCUGCGUCCAGUUUGUUUUGAUGUGACACUUCAUAAUGACCACAACUCCACAGAGCUGAUAUUAAGGUAGCGAUUAGCCCCUCGACCUUCCCCCACAGGCAAGUAUGCGAGACCUUUCAUCUGGUGCCAACAUCAACUUAACAGGCUGUUAGCGCCACACACAAACACAAACAUACACAUGAGGGUGGAGUUACAUGUAGGGUAAACACUCUUCUAAGUUUAAACACAUAAAGGCACAUCCACUGUUGUGACACCUACACCGUAAAAGCUGUUUGGACCUUUUCACCUUAAUAUAAGGAUUGUGGUGAUUUCGUAGUUUAAGAUAAGAUCAGCUGAAGUCCCACAUGCUUUCUCACUUUCCAUGAGUCCCAGUGUGAAAGUGCUUAGGCCUCUUUUUCCAUUCAGUGAUCCUCUGGAUUCAGGCAUGGAAAAGCAAAGCAGAGUUUUUAUAAAACAGUGAACUUGAAACCCAGACAAAAAGGCACCGGAUCCCUCCCUUCCCACAGACUCCCAAUAUCUCAUGUGGAGUUACCAGUGAGGUUAGAUCAGUGCUGGAAGAAGCACUAAGGUCUUAAACUAAGUACUAUUACAACAUUAAACAACAACAACAACCAGACGCUCUUCAUUACAAAGAAUAAUCUGGCAUCCUGAGUCAUAAUUAGGUAUGGUCAGUACAAGCAGAGUUGCAUUUAAAGUUAUAAUACUUGUUGCACAAUAACAUUAUAAAACCUGUGAGGGUUUAUUUUUUGUAUAUUUCAUUCUUAAACUAUUAGUAACUGUAACUAACACAUCAAUGUGUAAGUAUACUUAAUGUUCAAUUGUAGUCACUCCAACUCUCUCUGUCCAUACUGAACUGAUUACUGGGAGAGUAAAUUCAAAGCACUGAAACUAAAAUAUGUUUUCUUUUUAUUUGACUAUAAUCUUCAGCUUUUUAUGCCUUAAUUUGUAUUUUUUGCAUUUUUUUUUUAUAGUAUCACUGACCAAUAUUUCAUGGUCAUCUGAGACAACUUUAACUUUCACCUGACUAGUAACUUUGCUCUUCAGAAAUAAAAGGUAAAAAAGUAGUGCUUCUUCUGGAAUUAAAACGAGCACAUGAAAUAGGAGAAAAACAAAAUACUUAUGUAGAGUAUGAGUUCAGAGAAUGUUCUUCUCAAUACUUUGAUCCUUCACACCGCUGAGAGUUAGCCUUUCAAUAGUGUAUAUUUCAAAGGUUCGCCUGUUGCAGUGAUAGCUAACAUAGCUAGGCCUAUCUGUCUGCUAACAGAACUAGAGAGAAAAUUGAGUGACUUCAGUUCAAUUAUUUCACUCUUCUGUGAACCAUCAAACCAUUACCUAAUAUGUGGUAGGCGUAUUUAGUUACGUAAUGAACUAAAAAAUAUAGCCACUAUAAUGACUUUGCUAACUGCUAAUCGACAUAAAAUGCAUACAGUAGGAUGCAUGCAUAUUAUUUCGAUGAUGAGUAUAGUUUAUCUCCAGUUACAAAGUCAAAGAAGGAUUCAGUAUCUGUUUAAAAAUGUCAAGAAAGUCUAAUUUCUUGUUUGUAGCCUGAAGCAGUUAUCUUGUAGAACGACUGCUUACUUCCAAUAUGGCUGCCGGCCAAAGCACAUGUGCCACUUGAAAAAUCACAACAAAGAAAGUAGGACAGAGGUUUUUAGCUGCGUCACAUGUACAGUGUAAGACACCUUAUAUUUAGCUGGUGUUUCAUUUCAAUCUUAACCACCAUCAGCCUCUGUUUUUAGCAGUCCAAUGUUCCAUUGUUGUUCUCUGUGUCAGUUGUACAGUUGUGUGUAUUAUUCACGUAUAAAAUGCCUGACAGUGACCUUUCAGUGGCAGGCAGAAGUGUAUUUAAAAUGCCCUUAAACUGUGAAAUGUAAAGUUUCUUCCAGACCACAUUGUCCUUAAUGGGAGUCUGCUAACUCGAACCAUGUGUUUGAAUUGUGCUCACUGCUCCCUCUCUCUCUCUCCCUCUCUCUCCCCACCACUGACCUCUGCAUUCAUCAACAUUCCAACAUUUGUUGUUCAUUUUGUUCUUUUGUACAGUUUUUUGUAUCAGUAAGUGAAAUAAAUACGAAAGUGGAUUUGA